AUGGUGGAGGUGGAGGAGGUGAGUGACAGGAUGCGGUCGCAGAUGCGGCUCCACCACGGGGAUGGGGAGGUGGAGGGCGACGCCGACCUCCUGCUGCCGGCCCUCUUCGACAGGGUGUCGUGGCUCCACGCACUCGCCUGCAGCUCCGCCCUCGGCCAGGAAGGGGUCCGCGAGGGUGUGGAGCUGCUACGGCGCUGCGACGGCAUGGUCGGCAAGCUCGGCCUCUUCUCUUCCAACGAGACCAAGGAGGACGUCUCCACCACCAACCUCAAGUACCUACUCGUCCCAUACUACCUUGCAGAAAUGACUGAGAAGAUAUCACAGGACGAUCGGAUCCCGAUACUUAAGGCAUCACAGCACCAUUCGAAGGAGUUCAUUGCUCUAUGUGAAGUGCUGGAACUUAUUCCAGAGGACGAGCUAGAAUUAUCUAGACAGGAGCAGCCUGAUACUAUGGCUAACAGAAGAGCGCAGAAGGCUUGGUUAGCUACCAUCUCAUUGGCUCUCUGCAAGGCUUUUGAUCUUCUCGACAUGCUGAAGAAGGAAGAAGAAAUGCUUCUAGCUGUAAAGGAAAGACAGGCAAAGGACGGGAAUGCAUUUGCUCGUGAAAUGCUUGAUGAACGAACAAAGAAGGCUGAAGCAUGGCACCAUAAUGCUGCCAACCGUGUGCCAUAUUCCAAACCAGCUGAUCCAAUCACUUGCGCAACAUUAGCUCAAGACAUCCUCGAAGGUAGAGUGAGUGUCUCACAAGCUCAUGAGCACAAACACCAGCCCCUGAUACUCGGAUCUGCAAGCCUUGUUGGGGGUGGGCUAACCAGUGAAAGGGAAAGAAUGGCAGCACUAGUUUUUCAGCCUGGUUACAGGCUGCCAACAAUGAGCAUAGAAGAAGCUGGUUUGCGGGAGAUGAAAAUGAUGGAGAAAUGGCAAGAAAGGACCGCCAAGAUGAUCGAAGAAGCCAACUCUGCCUGGCACGAGGAUGGCGCUACUUGUUCAGCGCAAGAGGACGAGGAUGCCGACGAGGAGAAAGCAAGGGCAUGGGACGACUGGAAGGACGACAAUCCUCGUGGUGCCGGCAAUAAGAAGCUCACUCCCUGUGGCUGA